AUGAAGAAAAUGGAUGUUGAGCUCAUCAAAGAUGUUCAAAGAAAAGAUUUGCUUAAGAACAUUAAUUGUCAAGUGCUACAUUCGACAGACAAAGAAGUAGACUGUGCCCUCGACCUAUGCCGUCGUCUUCCACCACAAAACAUAAACAAAAUAAUGAACGACAUCAUCAAACUCAAACCAGAGAUCUGCGAAUCCCUCCUUGCCCUAGUAGACCGACCUCUCCCAAUAAAACGAGACUCCAGUGGAAGGGACUUUCUCAUCUGCGACUACAACCGAGACGGGGACUCCUACCGUUCUCCGUGGACCAACACCUACACCGACAAUUUCGACGGAAUACUCCCCUCCGAUGAACUCCGUGAACUGGAAAUGCGAUUCAACGACGUUUUCGUGGCCUACACGGACAUGUACUACGGAGGGGCAGUCUCUUCCGUGUAUUUAUGGGACAUGGACUCGAAGAAGAUCGCCAAUUUCGGAGGGGCAGUCCUCAUCAAAAAAGUGGGGGAGAAUUCAAGCAAAGUGAAUGCCACGUGGGACUCGAUUCAUAUUUUUGAGGCGAAUGUAAUCCUAGAAUGUGAGUAGUAGACGUCGGGAGGGAAGUGUACUUACAAAUUGGUGACCUCCAUAAUGUUGUGGAUGCACUCUGAGAAGGAAGUGGACAUCAAUUUGGGGGGGAGUCUGAUAAAGGAGGUUGUUGUGGUGUGUGAGGGCAGACCAGUCAGCAAAUGGCACUGUCGGACAUUCAGGGGCAUAUCAGCAAUAUGGGCAGUAUUAUUGAAGCACAGGAGAAUUCCAUGAGGAGUUCUCUUUCGGCUGUGUAUUUUGAUAAGACUAAACAUAUUAUGAAUACGCUCAGACAGACCGUCUCCAAGAAAGACAGAGAACGACAGACAGCUAUGAUUGAUACUUUGGCCAAGGCUAUCACACACAAGGACUUGCCUGUUUCGGAGGCUUAGAUUACUAUACUAAUCUUA